UUGGUAAGAAGGCGCCUUUUCAGAUCAGUAGGAACUAGAGUUGUUGUAAGACACGAUGCCUGCCAAAGUGGUCACUCUGGUUCCUAAGCUGAAGCACUCCUUUAUACUGCAAGUGCCUCCAAACUCCAGGCUGGGCCAAGACCUGCUUCGAAAUGCCAAUAAAGAAACCAAGAACAUACACCAGCUAGUUCUGGAGCACUUCCUGACUACGCUGCCCAAGAAAGGACAUGCCCAGCACAUUCAGAGAUUCAAAGAAACCUUCUUUGUCAUGAAACGUAUGAGUGUAAAUGGUCAGAAGAGAGUGAAAUCUCAAACAUUAGCGAAUCUUGUUCCCAGUGGAGGAAUACUAGAGGAACAGGACAAAGAGCCUCUAAUACUGAAAGCUGAGUCUGAGGGACUAGCAGUCUUUGAGGAUUUGAACAUAUAUCAUUCCCAAGAAGAAUGUGUUAGCCUGGAUUCUGCUCAUGAUCUCCCUGAAGAAAAGGAAGAAGAAAGUGUGGGGGAGAUGAUGCUUCUAGCUAGAGACAAUAAUCCGGAUGGUGAAGAAAUUGAGAACGAAUCUGUAGAGAAUGAAGAUUACGAAGAAAAAUUAUCAGAUUAUGAUGAAAUAGACUGUACCAUGGUCUCCGAGCAGUUUUCAAGUUAUAAUCAAGAAGAAAAACAAAAUGCACCCAUUACAAAGGAAAGGAAAAUAAGAGAUUUUUUAAUUACAGUUAAAAAUAAUACUCCAUUAGUGGAUCUCUCAAAGUAUGUGGAUGUCAAUAUUGCAGCACUGGACCAAUGUGAAAAUACAAGAGAAUGGUACACUUGUUCCCUGUGUGGGAAACAGUUUAAUGAAAGUUCUUACCUGAUUUCCCACCAGAGAACUCACACUGGAGAAAAACCAUAUGACUGUAGUCACUGUGGGAAAAGCUUCAAUCAUAAAACAAACCUUAAUAAACAUGAACGAAUCCAUACAGGAGAGAAACCUUAUUCAUGUUCUCAGUGUGGGAAAAAUUUUCGUCAGAAUUCUCAUAAGAGUCGCCAUGAAGGAAUUCAUAUUCGAGUGAAGAGUCAUAAAUGUCCAGAAUGUGGGAAAAGCUUCACGGAGAAUGAAGAAUUUGUACUUCAUCUGGAGAAUCAUAAAACUGAGAGGCCAUACAGUUGCAAAAAAUGUGGGAGAAGAUUUGGUCGUCUGUCAAACUGUAUCCGUCAUGAAAAAACAAAUUUAUUUUGUAAGAAACGUGAGUGAAAAGAGUAAUAAUUGGAAACCUCAUUAUAGCCAGAAUUGGAUAAAUAUCAUUUGGCUCAAACCUCAGACUCUUAGAAAAUGAACAAAGAAAAUAUUGUCAAGGGAUGUACCUUAGCAUCCAGGCUUUGACUAAACACAAGUAAAUGUACAACAAUGUAUGGAACAGAUUGUUUUCCUCAGAAAGGCUUUGGACAGGAAGCCAUUUUUCCAGCAAGGUGAGCAGAGCAACUUGUGUGUAAUAAGAGCAUAUCUACAUGUUUAGUCACAUAGGAAAUUCAUAUUUGAGGAGAGAAAUAUAUACUGAUCCUUAUCUGGAACCGUAUUCUUCUGAAAAAACUAAACUACUAGUUUGUGAAGCUAUCAACAAUUCAUAUACCCCUGUGAUGAUAUGCUGUUAAAGUUUGGAUGUUUAAUGGGAUUGUAGGAAAAGUCAGCAGCUGAAGUCAAAGACAUUUUAGUUUGUAUGUGAUUUCAUAGUUCAUUUUUUAAAUAUUGUACUUGAUGAAAAUGACUUCUACAAAAAUUUUUUUGUAAUGAUUAAAAAUGUUGACUAUUCGUGCUGUA